ACCGGCUGCUCAAGCCAACUUCGUCCCCAUUACCGAGGAUGGCUGUGGACUCCAUGUUCCCGGUCCUGCGUGCCUCCGACUACUUCACUCGGCCGUCGAUCGACGAGCUGGUCGAGAGGGAGGCGGCUGAUCCAGGCUACUGCAGCAGGGUUCCAGGCUUCGUCGUCGGGAGGGUGAGGUAUGGACAGGUUAAGUUCUCCGGCGACACCGAUGUGAGGGGGUUGGACCUGAAUGGAAUCGUCACGUUUGACCGCCAUUGCGUGGAGGUUUACGGGGACGAGGCUGGUAAACCUGCGGUAGGGCAUGGCCUUAAUAAAGCUGCGGAGGUGACGUUGAGGCUGGAUUUGAGGGGGCUUCCAGAGGCCGGCGCCCUGGUUGAGCUUCUGAGGUGCCGCGCGAAGAAGCAGGGUGCUAGGUUUCUCUCUUUCAAUCCUGUGAAUGGUAACUGGAAGUUUGAGGUCGAUCACUUCAGCAGGUUUGGGUUUGUGGACGAGGAGGAAGAUGAUGUUGCCAUGGAUGAGGCGGUUGUUCGACAACCACCGGUUGCUGAAGUAAGAGACCCACCUCCCAAUGGACAUCAACUGGAGCUUUCACAUUCAUUGCCUGCUCAUCUUGGGCUUGACCCUGCAAAGAUGCAAGAGAUGCGGUCAGCUUUGUUUCCCAAUGAUGAAGACGAUGAAGAUAUGGAGGAUGGCUUUCCAUCUGAUCACAGAUACCUGAGCAGAGAGAGGAUGAAUGUGGAUACACCCGACACUAGUGCUAAAGGUCCGAGGCUGAGGUCUCUGUCUCCUUUGCACGAUUCUUCUCAGAAAUUCGGAAGGAGAUCUGGUAUGCUUCCGAGGAAAGAACCACAUGCACUGCUGGAAUAUCAUGUAAAUUCUCCGGACCCUGGUCCAUCUUCUCAUGGUAUUCUUAUGUCUGGAAAGAACAAGGGAUUUCCGAUGAGAAUGACCAAGGUAGAAGGCUUUAAACUGCCGGCCGAGCAAGAAACUCCUGUUGCAGGAAAAACAUAUUCUAACUGCGUAGUGGAUGCUGCUUUAUUCAUGGGAAGAUCAUUUCGAGUUGGUUGGGGACCAAAUGGCAUCCUUCUCCAUUCUGGUAGUCUCGUCAACUGUCCUGGAACUGGCCUUUCUUCUGUUAUUCACAUAGAGAAAGUUGCAGCUGAUAAAGUUGUGCGUGAUGAGCAGAACAAAGUUAAAGAUGAGCUGACGGAACUAUGUUUCUCGGAUCCAAUGGACCUCCACAGGAGGCUUGAUCGUGAAAUUCUGGUAACUGAGUCCGGCAAAUUUAAAUUGAAGCUUCAGAAAGUUGUGGCUAGUCGUUUCAUUUUGCCAGAAAUUUGCAGGUCAUAUAUCGAUAUCAUUGAAAGGCAGCUUGAAAUCAGCGACUUAUCUAUGUCUUCGCGUGUGCUGUUAAUGCAUCAAGUUACUGUUUGGGAGCUGAUUAGGGUCUUGUUCUCUCAGAGAGCAGCUGGUAAUCAGUUGGAAUUUAGUGGUGAUGAGGAUCAGGAGGGCAUGAUUUUGGAUAAGAAAGAAGGUUCUGCGGACAUAGACCUUGAAGCACUCCCUUUGGCUAGGAGAGCAGACUUUAGCAACUGGUUACAGGACAGUGUUUGUCAUCGGGUACAAGGAGAGGUGGGCUCCUUAAGUGAUGCCAGGUACUUGGAACAUAUUAUUCUGCUUCUGACUGGUCGACAAUUGGACACUGCUACAGAAAUUGCUGCUUCAAGGGGUGAUGUCCGGUUGGCAAUCUUGCUAAGCCAGGCAGGUGGAUCGAUGUUAAAUCGAUCUGAUGUUGCGCAGCAACUAGAUAUGUGGAAAAUAAAUGGUCUGGACUUCAAUUAUAUUGAGGAAGACAGGCUAAAGGUAUAUGAGUUGCUUGCUGGUAAUGUACACGGUGCUUUACUAGAUUCACCACUUGACUGGAAAAGGUACCUUGGUUUAAUCAUGUGGUAUCAGUUAUCACCAGAUACAUCACUUGAUAUUCUAAUUCAUUCUUAUUACCAACUACUUGGUGAGGGCAAAGUUCCAAAUCCUGUUCCUGUAUACAUUGAUGAAGGACCUCUCGAGGAAGCACUUCAGUGGUCCCCAGGCGACCGUUUCGACAUAUCAUUUUAUUUGAUGCUUCUUCAUGCCAACCAAGAUGAGAAGUUUGGGCUGCUAAAAACUAUGUUCAGUGCAUUCUCGUCAUCGUAUGACCCCUUGGACUACCAUAUGAUCUGGCAUCAACGCUCUAUUCUGGAAGCUAUUGGAGCUUUUAGUACAAAUGAUCUUCAUGUACUGGAUUUGAGUUUUGUUCAUCAGCUACUAUGUCUUGGGAAGUGCCAUUGGGCUAUCUACGUCAUUCUGCACAUGCAGCAUGUGGAUGAUGCGCCUUACAUCCAUGAAAAGUUAAUCAGGGAAGUUUUGUCGCAGUAUUGUGAAAUAUGGAGCAAAGAUGAGGCUCAGAGGCAAUAUAUUGAAGAACUUGGUAUACCAGCAGAAUGGAUACACGAGGCUCUGGCUCUUUAUCAUGAGUACUAUGGAGACCGGCAGGGUGCGCUGGAGAAUUACAUUCAAUGCGGAAAUUGGAAGAAAGCUCAUACUAUUUUCAUGACAUCUGUUGCUCAUUCCUUGUUUCUGUCAUCAAAGCAUCAAGAGAUCUGGGACAUUACCAAUGUAUUGGAGAAUCACAAGUCUGAAAUUGCUGACUGGGACGUUGGUGCUGGAAUAUACAUAGACUAUUUCAUUAUAAAGAACUCUAUGCAAGAAGAUAGUACCAUGGAUGAUGAUGAUUCAGAUCCACUUGAGACGAAAAAUGAAUCAUGCCAGAGUUUCUUCAUCCGGUUAAAUGAUUCGCUGAAUAUCUGGGGAAGUAAAUUACCUGUAGAGGCGAGGGCAUGCUACUCGAAAAUGGCAGAGGAGCUCUGCGAGCUUCUAAUGAACUCCCCUGGCGAGGGCUCAGCGCCAAGUCUCUACAUGGGAUGCUUUGAGACGAUGCUCAAUGCCCCUGUCCCUGAUGAUCACAGGGCAUCCUACCUGCAGGAGGCAGUCUCCGUUUUCACCGACAUACUUUGCCAGGAUUCAUUCUAGGUGAUCCAUGUAAUUGUUUCUUCGGAUGAUCCAUGAUGCUGUUUAGGUGGAGUCAAGUCUCGGAAUCUUGAUUUGUGCAAGAGCUCCAAAUGGGGGAGUUACAUCACAGUUUCCAAGCCUGGCACAGAGAGAAGUUUCUGUAGAACCUGCUAUUGGUUGGUGCAGACUGCAGAGGAUUGCCACCCCCUGUAAACUCCUGAAGAACUGUAACGAGAUUUUCCUGAACAGAGUGCAACUUGUCCUGUAACACCCGUGAACUUGCUUCUACAUGUAUUCAGCUGUUAGAUGUUAUUACGAUGAACAAGCAACUUGUUUAGGGUUUGCGUCAGUCAGUAGGUGGGCUAGAGAUGAACGAGUUGUUGUAGAUUUAUCAGAUGAGAGAUAAAAAUCUUGGUUGAUCUCA